CAGCCAGUGGACAUAACAGACCUAGUUGCUGCGCGCGCGGCACCGAGCACCGCUACGGACGCUAGCCUCCGAGCAGAGGCCACCGACUGCCGACACGCGAUCACGCCAUCACCGCAGCGAUGCUCCAACGACUCGCCGCGCUCGCAGCGCUCGCGGCCAUCGCGGCCCAGCUCCUCCGCGCGUCCUGGGACGCCACCGUUUGCGUCGAGCCGGGCGAUGAGAUCCCGCAGCUCGAAGCGCCGCGAGGCGACGGCUGCUGGGUCGCCGUCAACGCGACGAUUGGUGCGAAGUGGGCCACGGGUUACCUGGGAGCUUGCGCAUCACAAGACGUCGACAUCAACGCGGCGACGCCCUGGACGCUGCACUGCGCGGCCGUGGCAAGCUGUCGGUGGCACGCGCGGCGGCGCGGCGACGAGCUCGCGGUCUGCAGUGGUAAUCGGCUCGCGGCGUUGACGCACUUCGUCGCGACGCGCCUGCUAGGCAAAUGUCAGCUCCCGUGGGAGGCCUACAUGACGUGGUUCGCGCGCGCGCCCGGCGACGCCGUGGUGACGCCUCGCGGCGUUGAUCAUGCCCCCUGCGGCGGCGUCGAACCGUGGCGGCCGCCGGAUCGGCGGCGCGAGGCGCUGGUGAGCGCGGUGUGGAACCGGACGCUGAAAGCUUUCGGCCACUCAUGA